AUGGCGACGCGGUUCCGUCCGGCGUCGCUGAUGCGGCUGCUGCUCCUCGGCGCCGCCCUGCUGGGGACCUCCGUCCGAGGCGCCGACUUCUACGAGCUCCUGGGCGUGGGCAGGGAGGCCGGCGCCCGCGAGAUCCGGCAGGCCUUCAAGAAACUGGCGCUCACCAUGCACCCCGACAAGAACCCUGGAGACGCGGCCGCCCACGACAAGUUCCUGGCGGUGAACCGAGCUUACGAGGUCCUGAAGGACGAGGACCUCCGCAAGAAGUACGACAAGUACGGCGAGAAGGGGCUGGACGAGCAACAGGGGGGCCGCUACGAGAGCUGGAACUACUACCGCUACGACUUUGGCAUCUACGACGACGACUUGGAGAUCAUCACCCUGGACAGCGCAGACUUUGAGGCGGCGGUGAAUUCCGGAGAAAUUUGGUUCGUCAACUUUUACUCCCCGCGAUGUUCCCACUGUCACCAGCUGGCCCCCACGUGGCGGGAGCUGGCCAAGGAGAUGGACGGCGCCCUCCGGAUCGGGGCGGUCAACUGCGGCGACAACCACCGCUUGUGUCGCUCCAAGGGCAUCAACAGCUACCCUAGCCUCUACGUCUUCCGAGCCGGACACAAACCCGAGAAAUUUCACGGCGAGCGCAACACCGACAAUCUGGUGACGUUCGGCAUGCAAUUCAUCAAGAAUGGCGUGACGCAGCUGUGGCAAGGCAACGCCUUCAAAGAGAUCGAGAGCGCCUUCGCGUCCGGGCUGGGCUGGCUCGUCACUUUCUGCGCAGACGUGGGAGAUUGCCUGGAGCUCAGGACCCGACAGAAGCUGGCGUCCAUGUUGGACGGUCUGGUGAAGGUGGGAUGGAUGGACUGCGGCGCUGAGCCGCAACUCUGCCACACUUUCCAGGUGACCGACGGAGCCACGGCGUUGUUCCCUCCCGGAAGCUCUUUGGAUCGGGAAGGCGGCGUGUUGUGGCUGAGCACUCUGGACGCCCGGGAGAUCUACGCGCUGGUCCUGCGCCACCUGCCCGAACUUCGGCGGCUGAGCGCCGACGACUUUGACGCCGAGCUGGCCCGCCACCGCUGGCUGCUGUCCUUCACUUUCGGGACGCCCGGCCCGGACGAGUACAAGAAGCUGCGAGCGUUCCUGCGCGACGACCACAUCCAGGUGGGGCGUGUGGACUGCCUGGCCGACGCGCUGCUGUGCCGCUCCCUCCACAUUCACAAAGCCUGCGUGGCCGUCUUCAAAGGCCUCGGAGUCCACGACUUCGAGAUACAUCACGGCAAGGACGCGGUGUACAACCUCGUGGCUUUCGCCAGGGACAGCGUCGCGGCUCACGUCACCACGCUGUGGCCCGACAACUUCCCGUCGGACGCCGAGGAGCCCUGGCUGGUGGACUUCUUCGCCCCGUGGUGCCCUCCGUGUCGAGCGCUGCUCCCCGAGUUGAGGAAGGCUUCCGUCCGGCUGGCCGGACGCGUCAAGUUCGGGACUUUGGACUGCACCGUCCACCGCGGCCUCUGCUCCACGUACAACGUGGACUCGUAUCCCACCACGGUGGUCUUGAACGGUUCUUCGCUUCACGAGUACGAAGGACGCCACUCCGCCGACGGCAUCCUGGAGUUCGUCCAGGACUUGGUCGACCCGUCCGUGGUGGUUCUGGACCCGGCCGGCUUCGCGGAGAAAGUCAAAGGUAUGGUCCGAGGCGAGUUGUGGGCCGUGGAUUUCUACGCCCCGUGGUGCGGUCCGUGCCGGGCACUGAUGCCCGAGUGGAGACGCGUGGCGCGGAUGCUGUCGGGCCAGGUGGCGGUGGGUUCCGUGGACUGCCAGCGCUUCCGCUCCUUCUGCCAGAGUCAAGACGUGCGUGCGUACCCGGAAAUCCGCCUGUACUCCGGCGGUGGCGGCGGCGGCGAGACGGCCUACCGCUACACGACUUACAACGGCUGGCACAGAGACGCGCACUCCCUGCGAAUGUGGGCCCUCAGCGCUCUGCCCAAAGCGUCGUCGGACCUGACGCCGAGUUCCUUCCGCUCGCUGGUGCUGGAGGGCGGCGAGCCCUGGGUGCUGGACUUCUACGCCCCGUGGUGCGGACCCUGCAAACACUUUGCCCCGGAGUUUGAGGUCCUGGCACGGGUCCUCAAAGGGGAAGUGCGGGCCGGCAAGAUCGACUGUCAGGCUCAUUAUCAGACCUGUCAGGAAGCCGGAAUCGCAAGCUACCCCACGGUCCGGUUCUAUCCCUACCGGGACGCCGGCAAGCCGUCAGACAGCGGCGAAAACAUCAAUAGUCGUGACGCCAACACGAUCGCGGACAUCAUCAGACGGAGACUACGAAGCUCGUCGCCGCGGUCGCGCGGCAAGAAGGACGAGCUCUGA